CAAGCCCCUUCCCAAACGAUAUAAAUUUAGGCAUCAAAUGGAGAUGUCUUGGCCCGGGACAAGUGAAUGUGAUAGUCACUACAUUUCUCCAAACCCUUCACAAACCCUAAUGGAGCAAGCGCUGCCGGAGCUUCCGCCCGAGGUGAUCUCCGAGAUACUGUCUCGACUGCCGGUGAAACCACUCCUCCAAUUCAGGUGCGUAUCCAAACCAUGGUGUUCUCUAAUCGACAGCCCUACCUUCAUCAAAAUGCACCUUCACCGAUCCAUUCAAUCCCGAUCCAAUCUCUCCCUCAUUGUCACUAAGUUGAACUCGAACAUCCCAAACCUACUAUGCUCCGUACACUUCGAUAAGCUGGACAUAGAUUUUGAGCUCUAUCAACCACUCACGUUUGAGAAACGAUUGGAUCAAGUUUGGAAUUUCUGCAAUGGCUUGCUCUGUUUGUCUUUCAGAAACGUAGAAGUUGUUUUGUCGAACCCAUCAACUCGAAAGUAUUUGGAAUUACCUCUCUUGCCGAUCGAAAUCCCAGUGGCUUCCUGUCGUAUGUUUGUUGUUUUUUAUGGACUUGGGUACGAUUCAGUGAGUGAUGACUACAAGGUGAUGAGGAUUACCCAGUUUAAUGGUGCUGGUUUUGUGCAUUUUGAAUCUAAAGUUAGGGUUUAUAGUUUAAAAUCGGAUUAUUGGAGGAAAGUUGGUGAUUUUCCUCAUCACCUUAAACUUGAUCCAUGCACUGGUUUACUUGUUGGUGGGGCUUUGCAUUGGAGUGUGAAUCCGAAACCAAUGUUGGUUGAUGGACCUCGCGCUCUUAUUGCAUUCGAUCUUGGGUCGGAGGAAUACCGAAUGGUGCCUCUACCCGAGUGUGGGGCUGUCGAUUUUCAUUUGAAGUUUGCGGUCUUGGAUGGAUGCCUUUGUGUGCUUCACCAUUAUCAUAAGAAGGGUAUUGAUUUAUGGGUGAUGAAGGAGUAUGGGGUGAAGGAAUCUUGGACUAAAUUGAUCUACAUUGAGAACUCGAACGUAAUUAAUUGUUUUGCUAUUUAUUUGGAGCCCUUGGCAUAUUCAAAGAAUGGUAAGAAGGUUCUCUUCCAACAUAACUCUCAGAGAUUUCUUUGGUAUAACUUAGAAAGGAAGACAGUUGAGAUGGUUGAGAUUUAUGGUAAGCCAGACGUUUUGGAAACAACUGUAUGCUUGGGUAGCCUUGUUCCACUUGAUGGUGGUCGUCUGGAUGAUAGCAAGGACCAAGCAACAAAAGACAAAAAGAAGAAAAAGGUCUUCAGAAGUUAUGAUUUCCUGUCAAAGAGGUUCAAGCUGCUGCUGCAAGCCACUGUUAGAAGGAGCAAGAAGGUGUUGAG